AUGUCGAGCCAGUCUACCUCUUCGGACCUCAGUCCUAUCAUCAUCACCGGUGGAUGUGGAUUCAUCGGCUCUCAUUUGGCUGAAGGCCUGCUCGCCGAGAACCCUAAUUACCAAAUUCAUGUCAUUGAUAUCAACACUGAAAGGAAUCAGGUCCCGGGGGUUUAUUACCAUACUUGCGAUAUCACCUCUUCUGCAGACGUAGAGUCUGCCUUUGUUAAUAUCAAGCCUCAGACUGUCUUCCACGUUGCAUCACCGGACCCUCUAGUUCUGAACCCAGCUCGCUUCCGCAAUGUGAAUGUCAACGGUUCAAGAAAUCUCUUAUCUGCGGCUCAGAAGAUCAAAUCUGUGAAGGCCUUUAUCUACACCUCAACAUCCUCGGCUAUCCACGACAAUGUCAGCGAAUUGGUUGAUGCCGAUGAGUCGCUACCAGUUCUUCGAUACCCAGCCCAGAAGCGAGUGUACACUCUGACCAAAGUCGAGGCUGAAGAUGAGAUCCUUGCGGCCAACCGUCAAGGUGGAGACUCGUCUAUGUUGACAGUAUCUAUUCGCCCUGCUACUGCCUUUGGAGCCCGUGAUUUUGGCUUCUUAGGAAAGGUCAUUGCUAAAGCCCGAGCUGGGAAAGCAAAUGUGCAGAUUGGGCCGGGAAAGAACUACUAUGAUGUUACAUAUAUCUCCAACUUGGUGGAUGCGCAUCUACUCGCCGCCCACGCCCUGAUUGAUGCCUAUGGCAAGGCUGCUCUGCCUGUGGAUAAGCAGGUUGAUGGCCAGGCCUUUAUCAUUACCAACGACGAGCCAGUUCUCUUUUGGGAUUUUAACCGAGCUAUUGCCGCGUCCGUGGGUAUACCUGUGAAAAAGGAGGAUAUCAAAGUUGUCCCUUAUUGGGUUGCUAUGCUGGCGGCUACAGUGAGUGAGUGGUCAACUUGGAUCUUUUCCUUUGGCAAAAAGCAGGCCGCGAUCACCAGGGAAGCCGUUCACUUAAGCACCAUCACGCGCACACUUAAAUGCGACAAGGCUAAGCAACUGCUCGGUUACAAGCCGAAGGUGGGGGUCUAUGAAGGGCUUGAGGAAUGUAGCAAAUGGUUUCUGGAGGAAGCGAAAAAGACUGAGCAGUCCAAGAAGGCAGUCUAA